CGUAGAUGUGCCCUCGCAGAUGAGACCGGGCACCUGUAAAUUCGUAGGGAAAUUGUGGUCUGUCGGAGUUUCCCCGAUCUCAGAUAAAUGCCCUUGAUUUGACAGCCGGUCAGUUGAUGUGGAAAUAUUGAAUUCAUUAUGAUCCAACACGCAGAGAAGUUGGAUGCGGAUGACAAUUCCAUAGUCAGCGCCAAUCUGAAUAACUCCGAUCCAGGGAGCUCUUCGCCUCAAGAUGAAGCCUCAGGAAGUGGCGGGGAGAUGCAGUACCCCCAGGAUGUGAAGUACACAUUUGAGGAACUUUGUCCUGUGUGUGGGGACAAGGUGUCAGGGUACCAUUAUGGACUUCUCACCUGUGAAAGCUGCAAAGGUUUCUUUAAGAGAACAGUACAAAACAAAAAGGUUUACUCUUGUGUGGAUAACAGAAAUUGUCAUAUUGACAAAAGUCAGAGAAAGCGAUGUCCAUAUUGUAGAUUUCAGAAAUGUCUCAGCGUAGGCAUGAAGUUGGAAGCUGUGAGACAAGACAGAAUGAGAGGAGGGAGAAAUAAAUUUGGUCCGAUGUACAAACGUGACCGAGCCCUCAAACAACAGGCCAUACGCCAACAACAGCAGCUUCUGGCCACAUGUCAUGCUCGAUUUUCGGGUGGAAUGAACAUGAUGGGAGACCAGGACAUCAAACCGGAUCCCAGCAUGCUUCACCAACUGUCCUCAGAGGGCAAUGUGGGAUACGCAAUGCAUUCGCCUCCAUUGUCUGGUAUGCCCUCACCAGGGAUGCCAGAUUCACCCCCUCAGGACCUCAGUCGGUUGUCCACCUCGGUUUCCUCUCAAGCCCUGCCCACUUCCACCAACUCUCCCUCUCAGGUCUACUCCAUGCCACCAAACUACCAUCACUCUGUAGUGUCAGCAUUGCGCAAUCAAUAUUCAUCAACACCUCAAAUGAAUCACCAUUAUAACCAUCACAGUCCAACCCAGAUGUCGCCACUAUCGCCUGUGGCGCCCCCUAUUGUGCCAAUUGUGCCUCAAAUGAUUCUGGACGUGAAAGCUUCCAUGGCUGAUGAGAAUGAAAUAAAACAAAAAUUGACUUCCUUUGUACAAAAUGAGUUUGGUCAUGAAGACAUUUUACAACCUAGUGUUUUAAUCAACAUGCUCUGUAAAUUGUCCGACCAGCUUCUGUUCCUGAUGGUGGAGUGGGCAAGAACCUCAUUCUUCUUCAAAGAUUUAAAGGUUGAAGAUCAAAUGAAGCUGCUACAGAACUGUUGGAGUGAAAUACUUAUAUUAGACCUGGUUCAUCGACUGGUCAGGGAGACUUGGUCAGGGGAGGUCACUCUGUUGAAUGGGAAAAAGCUGACUUUGGAUUGCUUAGACAAAUUAGGACUAGCAGCAGCCAAAGAGAGCAUCUUUGAUUUGGUGCGGAAAAUGAAAGAACUAAAAAUAGAUAUCAACGAAUAUCUGUGCCUGAAAUUUUUAAUAUUAUUAAAUCCUGAUGUACCAGGUCUAGAAAAUCGACAAGCAGUAGAGAACUCCCAGGAGAAGGUAAAUUCAGCCCUAAUGGAAUACUGUGUCAAUUUCUAUCCACAUCUCAAAGACAAGUUUGGACAAGUUCUGUUAAGACUUCCGGAAGUGAGAUUGAUCAGUAUGCAUGCUGAGGAAUUUCUGUACUAUAAACAUUUGAAUGGUGAAAUUCCGGAUCAGACACUUCUAAUAGAAAUGCUGCAUUCUAAGAAGAAAUAAAUCGUUUCGUCCUGUAGCUGCAAGAUUUUUCCCGAAAUUUAAGUAUGUAAGGAUACCGCUUGAAAACAAGGUUGAAGAUGCAUGAACUAGAGGAGAAAGAGACUUUAGAGAAAAUGGCAGAUUCUAUCGAAGGUUGUUGAGUUUAUAUUUUUAUCAGGGAAAAGAAACUCGUAUACAUGUAUAUCAAAAAGGAGAAAUGUACAAGUCAGCUGAUAAUGAGUGCUCCAGAGUUUAUUCACAUUUUGUUCAAAAUAUCAAAUGCGAUAAUCAUGAAAUAUAGUGCCAUGUUUUUCAUCUGUUAUGUUAUAUAUUGUUGAAUUUAUUUUAAUUAUGUUCUAAUUUUUAGGACACUGAUGGUCAGUUAUUAACUUUUUUUACCUGUCUAUUCCUUAAUGACUGUGCACAACUUUUCAGUCUUAGAGGAUUUUUUUUUUAACUUGAUUAAACAUUAAUUCCUGAAAUAAAAAAUUAUUUCAAUUUUUUAGGUCUGAAUUUCUUCCUUAGUAAGUAACUCUUGUGCCAUUUGCAUUGUGUGUUAAAUAUAAAUACUGAUUUAAUAGUUAGGAAUUUAGUUGUUAUGGAAACAUGGAGCAUAUUGUAUUCAUGUUUCACUGUUUUAUGCAGCACUGUACCUGACAGGUAGCAUAUUGUUUUUCACAGAAAACUCAAUGUACAUGCAACUGAAAUAUUUUCAGUAGGUACACAACUUUUCCUGUAUUUAUGAAGAAUAUAUACUGUAUAUGUACUGUAUAUGUUUAAUUAUUGAAAUUAAUUUGUAUUAAUAUCAUUCUCAUUUCAUUUUUAUAGGGCAUUUUGUUUAUAACUGUCAUUAUAGACGUGUACUUUAUGCAGUUAUAGCUGAUCAUUUUUAUUGCAAUACUUUCUGCCUAGGAUGGCUUUGAAAGUAUAUUUUUUGUUUUAGCUUAAGAAAAACACAUCCUGGAAAUAUAUUUUUUUUAAUUUCCUUUUUGUUAAGAAUUAUUUUUUAAAAACUGUUUAAGUACUACAUGUUCAGGAAGGGUUUAAUUAUGAAAGUUUUGGAAUGUUCUUUUUACAUUAUUUUUAUGAUAAUUUUUAUUUUGAAAUUAAUUUACAAAAGGAUAAAACUUUUUGCCUGAUUUGAUUUUUAUAAAAUUAUCUGUUUCCUAAUUAUGCAAGGAAUUCUGUUAUUCAAAGGGUUUUUUUCUUAUCUGCAUCAUCAUGCACUGGAAUGUCAAAGCAAAGAACGGACGAAUUUUAAAUAUCAGUGAUCUAGAAAAUCUCUUUCAUGAGUGGACUUGCUAAUAUGUCUGUCAUUGCAUAAUCACUUUAAUCUGUGAGACACAUGAGUAUGACAAUCAAAUAACAGAAUAUUUCUGGAGUGGGUUGAUCCAUUUUGCUCAACAUUUAAUUCUGUCACCAAUGGUGAAAUACAACAAAUUCGUAAAUCUGUAAAUGAUCGAUUGGUCAAAUUUCAUAGCAGCAUUUGCAUGUUCUGUAACCUACAUUGAUAUCAUUAGAAGUUGAGCUUGAUUACAUGUAUUAUGAAGAUCUCGAAAAACAACUUUCUGUACUUAAAUAAAGCCUUCCUCUAUUUUUCAAAAAGAAAAGAAAUGUUUUAAAUUAGAAAUUUUUCGUACAUUAAUUCACACAUAUGAAUUUUAAUUUUUGUUUUAAAAAAAUUAGUUUUUACAUUAUAUCUUAUGCAGCUAUUUCACACUAAGAAAUUGUAAUUUUUUAUAUGACAUUUUUGUCACUGACGAUUGAUCUUGUGAUCAAAUAUUCUGAUGAAAUCUUACCAUUCCCUGAAGUGCAUGCAUGAUGAUACAAAAUUGUUUUAAUAGCGUACAUGUUAAAACCUUCAUAUCCUUACAGUGAGAAUUAUAUGUAAAUGGAUAGGAGCAGUUUUCCAUGUUUUAGUCUGAAAAAAAAACACUUUUAUAUAAUAUAUAUUGGAUAGUUAAUAUAUUCUCAUAUUUAAGUCACAUUAAUUAUACUGUUUUACAUGUUUCCAUCAACUACACAAACAGUGCUAAUUUUGUAUUUUGUUGACGGCUGAAGUUUUGUCAGAAACCCAGCUUCAAAUGUGUACAUACAUAUAUAUAUAUGUAUAUUAAAGUGUGUGCGAGUGUGUGUUGUUGAGAGAUGAUGUGAAAGUCUGUGCAGAAUUUGCACCCAGAACAUUUUUACAUGUGAGAGUCCUCUCAAAUGUGUUGUAACUCCAUGCCUCUUGGAUACUUAUAGUGCUAUGUUUAAACCAGAAGUGCUACAAGGAUGUACAUUUCCAUUCUCUUGAAUGUAUGUGCUUUCACUGCUAAACAUUGUGAUUUAUUUUCAAAAUGGACUCUCUAAACCAUGUAUAGAUGUACAGGUACACAUGCUUGUUAACCACAAAAAGCUCCCAUGUUUUUUAUGGGCUGUCUAAUGGACUCUGGAAUUUUGUAGAGGGCUUUUUGACUUUGUAAAACAUUGUUCUUUUUUUCUUUUUUAUGAAGCACUCUAAGCAUUUUGACCAGUUUCCAACAGUGUAAAGAAAAUAAGAAAAUAUCAUCACACACAUAUUGGUAGGCUUGCUGUCCAAGAAUAUCUUACUUGAUGGCAGUCUUGUGGCAGUUAAGAAAAUUUUAUUAUUGCCACGGAUUGCUCUACUGCAUACAGUUGUAUAUGAAAUAAAAAAAACAGAAACUGUGUAA